CAUCAUCGAUUCAUUCAAAAUCCAAAGAUGAUGAUUUCUUAAUUAAUCAUCAAAUUAAUUUUCUUCGUAAUUUUAAGCGGAUGACCGCUUUAAAAAUCGUCGAGGGCCUUCGAUAAACGCAAAAUCAACAUUUAUUUUUAAAAAAACCGACACGUGGCCGAGCCUAGAUCUAAUUCAGAAGCCAGGGGAUUUUCCCUCUAAAUUCACUGUUACAACCACACAUCCUCUUGGGCUGGUAAUAAAUUGUAAAUUUUGUAUUUAAACCAUGGAUUCUUUAUCUACGACUGGGAUAGCAAGCAAUCGAAAAGAUGAACUCAUGGAGACGGUUAAGCAGCAGAUUGCUGUCGCCAACGCUCAAGAGUUGCUUACGAAAAUGACAGAAAAGUGCUUCAAAAAGUGUAUAGGAAAGCCAGGAGCUUCGUUAGAUAGUUCAGAACAAAAAUGUGUACUUAUGUGCAUGGAUAGGUAUAUGGAUUCUUGGAAUUUAGUCUCAAAGACUUACGGAAACCGGAUUCAGAGGGAGCGCGAUAGAAACUGACAGCAGCACAGCUAGGAUAUAAACUAAUUGGAUAAUUGUGUAGUAUCUGAUAUAAAUUAAUAGCACAAUUCAAUUUUUUUAUACUUAUUGUAGGUAAUUUUUUCUUGUAAUUUUUCAUUAAAGUGUUCCAUUCUAUUGUUUUA